AAAAAAAGGAGAAGAAAAAAAAAAAGAAAAGAAAAACACUAGUCUUGUUUUCUUUGACUACACCACAAUUUGUGGGGUGUCUCAAAAUCAUUGCUCUCUCACUUUUGUCUCCCAAAGUUAGUGUCUUUUUGAACUGUAUCAUUUCCUCAUUCCAUCUUUGCAAGGUUUGUCAUUAGGGUUUUUUCACAAAGUUGAAUGGUGUGAAUGGCGAGAAAGUGAGGAGAAAAUGUGGUUUGUUUAUAUGUUGGAACUUGAUGAAGGAGGUGGGGGGUGUAAAUGAGAGAUUUUGAGAAAUGGGGUGUGUGUUUGGUAAAGAGUCUUCAUCAGUGGAGGAGAGGAGAGAAGAAGUGAGAGAAGCAAAAGCAGAUGUUAGUGGUGGUGUUGGUGGUGGUAGUGGUAGAGAGGUUCAGAAUGAGAAAGAGGGUGGAGAAGAGAAGAGAACAAGGCCUAUUGGGGAGAGAAAAAGGCGAUCUUCGAAGCCGAAUCCAAGGUUGAGCAAUCCACCUAACAAUGUUCAUGGUGAACAGGUUGCAGCUGGUUGGCCAUCUUGGUUGUCUAAGGUUGCUGGUGAAGCUAUCAAUGGAUUGAUUCCUAGGAGAGCUGAUACUUUUGAGAAGCUUGAUAAGAUUGGGCAAGGUACAUACAGCAAUGUUUACAAAGCUAGGGAUACUUUAUCGGGGAAGAUUGUUGCCCUAAAGAAGGUUCGUUUCGACAAUUUAGAGCCUGAGAGCGUGAAGUUUAUGGCCAGAGAGAUUCUGAUUCUGCGUCGUUUGGAUCAUCCUAAUGUUGUCAAACUGGAAGGCUUAGUGACUUCUAGAAUGUCAUGCAGUUUAUAUCUCGUGUUUGAAUACAUGGUUCAUGAUCUGGCUGGACUUGCUACAAACCCCACGAUUAAGUUCACAGAGCCUCAGGUAAAAUGUUACAUGCAUCAGCUGUUUUCUGGGCUGGAACAUUGUCACAACCGUCACGUGCUGCAUCGUGAUAUAAAGGGUUCAAACCUUCUUAUUGACAACGAUGGAGUUCUCAAGAUUGCUGAUUUUGGAUUAGCUUCCUUCUUUGAUCCUGAUCGCAAGCACCCGAUGACAAGUAGAGUGGUGACUUUAUGGUAUCGACCUCCAGAACUUCUUCUUGGAGCCACUGAAUAUGGUGUAGGUGUGGAUCUCUGGAGUGCUGGUUGCAUUCUUGCAGAAUUGUUGGCCGGAAAACCUAUCAUGCCUGGUCGAACAGAGGUGGAGCAGCUACAUAAGAUAUUUAAGCUAUGUGGUUCUCCUUCUGAAGAAUAUUGGAAAAAGUCGAAGUUGCCACACGCCACCAUUUUUAAGCCUCAACAAUCAUACAAGCGAUGCAUAGUGGAGACUUUUAAGAAUUUUCCACCAUCGUCCUUGCCACUGAUCGAGACCCUUCUUGCAAUUGAUCCAGAUGAACGCCUGACUGCUACUGCUGCAUUGCAUAGUGAAUUCUUUACUACAAAACCAUAUGCUUGUGAGCCUUCUAGCCUUCCUAAAUAUCCUCCCAGCAAAGAGAUGGAUGCAAAGCUACGUGAUGAAGAAGCUAGAAGAUUGAGAGCAGCUGGUAGAUCAAAUGCCGACGGUGUCAAGAAAUCUCGUCCGCGUGAGCGAGUAGGGCGUGGAAUUCCAGUUCCAGAUGCCAAUGCUGAACUUCAAGCAAAUAUUGAUAGACGGCGAUUAAUCACGCACGCAAAUGCUAAGAGCAAGAGUGAGAAGUUUCCUCCUCCGCACCAAGACGGAGCUUUAGGCUAUCCUUUGGGUUCUUCACAACACAUGGAUCCAAUUUUCGAUCCUCCCGAUAUUCCAUUCAGUUCCACAAACUUCUCGCAACCGAAAGCAAGUAUCCAAACUUGGUCCGGUCCAUUGGUAGACACCGGUGGCGAUGGUGCACCAAGAAGAAAGAAGAAACAUGGCAGGUGAUGAGCAUACACAAUCCAAAUUCAUCAAAGGAAGACUCAAAAUGAUGAGAUAUAUCAAGAGUCAAAGAAAUAUUUUAUUCUUGUAGUAUAACACCAAUCAUUUUUUAGGAGUAUUCAUGAAGCUGCAAAUGUUGCCGACUUCAUUCUCUAUCUUGUAUAUCUUAAUUUUUUUUUUCCACUUAAAUUAGAUGAACAUCUAAUAAACAGUUUUUGAUAAUGGUGUUGGUGAUUUAUAUUUUCUUACUAAUAUUGUUACUUAUCCAAACAAUUUUUGUUCCA